UGUAGCAAGGCACCUUGGUACGCAUUGCAGUUUCAUUUAGUAGUGUGUUAUAUACCGUGAAGUUUUAUAAAAUAGGCAUUUGAAUAGUGCAAGUGACCUCUGCAGAAUUCAGCGAACGUCAUGCGACGUGUGAUGUACUUUUAGCAUUCUCGUUUAUUAGAAACACAGAGCCAAAAUUUAUCUACGUGUAAUAAAUAUGCAUUCGAAUAGUGCAAGUAACCUGCAGAAUUCAGCAAACAUAUGGUCUGUCGUAGAAUUUGUGGAACAACUACAUGAAAUAGAAGUUGUACCAAUUUCAUGGCUAGUUGUAUUGAAUAAGCAAAAGACUUUAUGUAAAUGGCCGCCUAAAAAUCCCAGGAAAUAUAUUCGGAACAAUAUACAACCGGACAGCAGCUGGAAAGAGUACAGAGUGCAAGUUUUGAUUCAAAGUGAUUCCUAUCAGAAAGCUUUAAAUUAUGCGAAAAAGAAAUCAAAUUCAGAGACGGACACAUCAUAUUACCAGCUAGGAAAAGGUAAACGAAGAAAAAAGCACAAAAGCCAAGAUGUCACUGACCAUUCCGAUAGCGAAUCUACACAGAGAAUGACACCGCCUCCUUCUAUAACCAUUCCUCACGAUACAUGCACAGAUCCAU